AUGAAAAGCAGUGCAAUAAAAGUAAACAAAGCAGUGAAGUCAGCUCGACCAAGAGCUCGAGUCGAGUCAGAGCAAAGUACCAGCUCGAUCGAGUUUAGGGACGAGUUGAGACAAACAAAGCUAAAGCUCGAUCGAGUUGAAGCUUGGCCGGUCGAGUUGAGGAACUCGACCGAGUUGGUCGAGUCGAGUGGACGGUCGAGCUGGUCUUCAAGAUGGCUUCUCCCUUCUUCCUUUGCGUAUCCAGUUGAGCUGCUUCCAUGUGCCAAGUCCCUCCAUGCUCCUUUGUCCCAUAUGCUCCAGAAUGCUCCAAAAGACCUAUUUCAAAGGACCAAACAUGCAUAUCGAGCCAAGUUCCACCAAGGCCAAGGAAGCCACACACUCUUUGAUGAUGAAGAGGAGGAGCCGCAAGCUCGAUCGAGCUGCAUGGAUGUGGUCGAAUGGAGUGCUCCUGAUGGUCGCUUGCCCUCUCCAGACCACGACCUUCCUUCACAGUUCUUUGGGGGCACUAAGGGCAAUCGCUUGAAAAGGUCCACUAAGAGCUCCAAUAUGCUUGCUCUCGCAAUGGAGUUUAUAGGUGUUGGAUGGGUUAGUUUGAGCAAUGAUCCUUAUUGCCUCUAA